AUGGCAGUUAACCCGCCUCCGCCUUCCGCAACCUUCCCCGCAUCGUCCCCCUUUUCCGCCUCCGCUUCUUUUUCAUCCGCCAAUCCCCCGAUUUUCUCCGCUUCCCCGCCCGCGGAUCCCGCCGCGCCGUCCCCCGUCCGCCCGCACAAGCCCACCGGCCGGCACGGCGCGACCGACCAGCAACGGCGGCGCGAGCUCGCUCUGGAGCGGCAGCGCGCCGCGCGGCGGGAUCUCCAGCUGCACGCGCGACACGUGGCUCUCGCCGCAACUGGCGCCGUGACUCUCGCGGAGGAGAUCGAGGCGCGCGAGUCUGCCGCCGCAGCGCCAGAGACGAAAGAAGUUUCGCCGCUGCUUCCGGAAAUAUGCGAGUUCGACGAGGCUUCUGGCCAAUGGACGAGGAUCGACCAAGAUGGAUUCAGAAUCGACGGCUCAGGGAGAAGGAUCGAGCAGAUCAGCUUCAGUUCAGAAGCUUUAAGAAGUGCAACGGAGGCCUCUGCUUCUGAAGCUAGAAUUAAUGCAGUUGAAGGCCCUUCAGGGGACGGAACGAUUGGCUCUGAGGAGAUUGUCCAGGGAGGAGUGGGUGUGGGGGAGGGAUUAUCUGGAAUGGAGAUGAGAGGGUUGUUUGUGCCGCAUGUUGUGGCUGGCAAAGGGGGUAGCGGGGGAGAAGAGGGCACGGAGAGAGGGGGGGCGCGGUUGAUGCAGACAGAGGCGUCUCAGACGGAGCAAGGGAGUGGUAUGCGCAGCAGCUCAUGCUACCCGAAUGGAUGGUCGAUGUUCCGCCUCGACUCGCCUCUGAUUGUACAGCACUUGGAUCCUUUCCACCUCACAACACAACACUGUUCUGUCUCUGAUUUCUUCCUUCCUUUCGCUUUCUCACAGUUCCCCUUCUCCUCCUCUCUGUUUCACUCUCCGCCAGUCUUCCUUUCUGCCCGUCUCCCCCUUUCUGCCCUUCUCCCCCUUUCUGCCCUUCUCCCCCUUUCUGCCCGUCUCCCCCUUUCUGCCCUUCUCCCCCUUUCUGCCCUUCUCCCCCUUUCUGCCCUUCUCCCCCUUUCUGCCCUUCUCCCCCUUUCUGCCCGUCUCCCCCUUUCUGCCCUUCUCCCCCUUUCUGCCCUUCUCCCCCUUUCUGCCCUUCUCCCCCUUUCUGCCCUUCUCCCCCUUUCUGCCCGUCUCCCCCUUUCUGCCCUUCUCCCCCUUUCUGCCCUUCUCCCCCUUUCUGCCCUUCUCCCCCUUUCUGCCCUUCUCCCCCUUUCUGCCCUUCUCCCCCUUUCUGCCCUUCUCCCCCUUUCUGCCCUUCUCCCCCUUUCUGCCCUUCUCCCCCUUUCUGCCCUUCUCCCCCUUUCUGCCCUUCUCCCCCUUUCUGGCCUGCCAUCUCACCUCACCUCACCUCAACCCCCAGUGAGUCGCCUGCGCAACGGCCGGAUUCUCCACCGCUUCCCCUCGCAUCUACCCAACGGGGCAAGGGCACCCGGUAUCGCGGCUGGCGCCCAUGUCUACUGCAUUCUGGACUGCAUCUUCCACGAGCCCAACAGCACAUACUACGUUCUGGAUGUGAUGGCAUGGCGAGGCUACUCUCUCUAUGAUUGCACCGCAGAAUUCAGACUCUUCUGGCUGCACACGCACCUGCCUCAGUGCGGCGCUUGCGACCCGCCCUCCCACUUCAACCGCUUCCGCUUCGCUCCCACGCCCUUCUUUGAGUGCCAUCGCCAAGGGCUGGAGGCUGCUUACUGCGGGUGGAGAGAGGCGGGGGGAGGGACAGCAGGGGCAGGAGGAGCAGCAGGGGCAGGGGAGGCAGGGGGGACAGAGGAGGGAGCAGGGGUAGGAGGGGCAGUGGUAGGAGCGGGGAGAGCAGCGGCAGUGGGUAGUGAGAAUGUCAAUGGAAUGAUGAAUGGUGGCAUUUCAGAGCCAGCAACUUCACAAGUGGACUUCACUCGCGAUGGACUGCUCUUUUACAACCGGCAUUCGCACUACACGUUGGGCCUCUCACCGCUGGUGCUACAGUGGAAGGAUGCAGCGUGCAGUCGGUUUGUGAUUGAUACAGACGGAUCAGGGAAAAUACCGGAGCAGCAACAGGUGGUUCUCCUGCUGGCAGCAGACGGCUCUUUGGUGACGAGCGACGACCCACCAGUGGUCUUCGGCUCUCUGCCCCCUCACACUCUCAACGACCCCUCCCUGCACCUGCGCCCCAACAAGCUGCUGCGCUUCUCUGUGGGUCCGGGCGGGUUGCACCUGGAGCAGGGGCGGGUGGUGGGGGCAGACCUGCUGUUUCAGGGCGCUGCCAACCAGAGGAGGGGCGGCGCUGACAGCUGCUCCAAGAUCCUGUUUCAGUAUGCGGCUCGGCACUGCCCUCUCACCAUCCAAGAUAUUGCCGCCUCAGUUGUAGGACCACAGGAAUGA